AGGGGAGCUGUCUCUUGUACAAUUGGUUGUAAUAUUUCCAAGAGAGUCUCUCCUGUUGAGGGGCAGAGGAAAGGAAGUGUUUUUGUGAGAGAUUUUGGAAAAGAGAGAUCAUGGACAUACAGUCAGGUCAGAAUUCCAAUGGGGAUUCCAUGCUUGCUCAAGUCUUUGUUGAUUGGAGAGACAAACCAUGCAGCCCCAAAAAGCAUGGUGGCAUGAGAGCUGCUGUCUUUGUAUUAGCCAUUCAAGCAUUUGAGAUCAUGGCAAUUGCUGCUGUGGGGAACAACCUCAUAACCUAUGUCUUCAAUGAGAUGCAUUUCCCUUUGUCGAAAUCAGCCAACAUAGUGACCAACUUCAUAGGGACUGUUUUCUUGCUGUCCCUGCUUGGAGGAUUCCUCUCUGACUCUUAUCUGGGGAGCUUCUGGACUAUGCUAAUAUUUGGAUUUGUGGAGCUCUCAGGCUUCAUACUCCUAUCAAUCCAAGCACAUCUUCCUCAGCUGAGGCCACCCCCCUGCAACAUGAUCUCCAAGGAGGAUCACUGCAUGGAGGCCAAUGGCUUCAAGGCCACUGUCUUCUUUCUUGCUCUCUACUUGGUGGCCUUGGGCAGUGGUUGCCUGAAGCCUAACAUGAUCUCCCACGGUGCUGACCAGUUUGGGAAAGAUGACCCGGAUCAGUCGAAGAAGCUCUCCACCUACUUCAACACAGCUUACUUCAGCUUCUCCGUGGGGGAGCUCAUUGCUCUCACUGUCCUUGUUUGGGUUCAGACAAGGUCGGGGAUGGACGUAGGCUUUGGUGUAUCAGCAGCUGCCAUGGCAGUGGGGCUUGUCAUCUUGAUCUGCGGUGCCUUCUUCUACAGGAACAAGCCCCCACAAGGCAGCAUCUUUACCCCAAUUGCCAGGGUGUUUGUAGCUGCAUUCACCAAGAGAAAGCAAGUCUGCCCUUCUACUUCUGAAGUGCUCCAGAGAAGCCACAUCGGUCCACCCGAACACCUCGCUAUCAGUGGCCUCGAACCCUCUUCGUUUGUUGGCAACAAGCUCAGGUUCUUGGACAAAGCCUGCAUCAAAGCUCAAGAUGGAUCCAACGUGAAGGAGGGCGCAUGGAGGCUGUGCACUGCUGCAGAAGUGGAGCAGGUCAAGAUCAUCGUCUCGGUGAUCCCCAUCUUUGCAUGCACCAUAAUCUUCAACACCGUCCUGGCGCAGCUGCAGACCUUCUCAGUCCAACAAGGGAGCGCCAUGAACACCCGACCCGCCAAGUCCUUCCAAGUCCCGCCCGCGUCGCUCCAAGCCAUCCCCUACAUCAUGCUCAUCCUACUCGUCCCCCUCUACGAGACAUGCUUCGUCCCUCUGGCCCGAAGGCUCACGGGAGACGACUCCGGGAUCGCUCCCCUGCAGCGCAUCGGUGUCGGCCUCUUCACCGUCACCUUCUCCAUGGUUGCCGCAGCCGUGAUCGAGAAGAAGAGGAGGGAGGCGUACGUCGACUCCGGCGAGCAGCUCUCCAUCAUUUGGAUCGCCCCGCAGUUCCUCAUCUUCGGGCUGUCGGAGAUGUUCACGGCCGUGGGUCUCAUCGAGUUCUUCUACAAGCAGUCAACGGCAGGGAUGCAGUCCUUCUUGACGGCCAUGACCUACUGCUCCUACUCCUUCGGGUUCUACUUGAGCUCCCUUCUCGUGUCGCUCGUGAACAGGAUCACAUCGAGCUCAUCCAGGGAUGGGUGGCUAAGCGACAAUGACCUCAACAAGGAUAGGUUGGACCUCUUCUACUGGCUACUGGCUGCCCUCAGCCUUGUCAACUUCUUCAGCUACCUUCUCUGCUCGAGAUGGUACUCUGGCAGUCGAUCUCUAUCAGCUAAUCCACCACCAUCUGGUCUCCAUGGUGAAGACAACCACCUCAGUUUCACUUCUUCCUCUAAGCAUGUUGCAGCUGAGGCUAUUCUGUAGAGAGCAGUCAUCAUCCCUUCAGUGAUUUUUUCGUCUUUAAUCUUCACUCUUGAUCUUGUACUAAUAUAAGAAGAAAGGGUAAAAAGAAGAAAAAGAAGCACGAAAUUUAUCGUCUUACUUCUUCCCCAAA